UUGCUACUUCUCGCCAAGGAUCUCUUUGUCCGCAAGGACCCGCCCCAGAGGCUUGAUCCGGCAUCUACACUAUAACGGAAGUGGGGAUGCGGAACUAAUAGACUGCCGGAAGGUCUCCGUCAUCGAUUUCCUGGAGUACCUAUUUGGCCAGACUUUCUGGUCAAGGACAGUCGAGGAGGCCAAGGCAGCUUUUCAGCAUGCUUACAUACAACAAUUUCUCGCACUGGGUGUCUAUGACAGAGUUCAUCUCACCGCCAGUUUCCGAUCAAACUGACGCUAAUUCGUCGAGCGCGGUCCAAUGCUGUCAUCUGCAGCCGCUCGUCGACAAGAUGAAGUUGGUCACUCGCACGCAUGAUUCGAUCCAGUGCCUAUCGGAUCUCCCCUACAUCGCUCUUCUCCUCGACCUCAAUGUGGAACCAAAGCUUAACGUUACAUUCCCGGAGAAUGAGCCAAAUCUUGUCGAAACGGACCGCUGUCUGCGGAUCUACGCUUCUGGAAUAAGCGAAACCACAUUUCCAUUCUUGAGUCAGCAUCCCGGUGUUGCGAGGGAGCUGCAUGGACUUGUCUCUCGGCAGAAGGAAGUACCAUCCCAAACCACUCUCGAAGCCUUGGUCAAAUUCGGGAGUACUGCUAGGCUACGCAACUUGCAGUGGGAAUUACAAGAUACAUGAUAAUUCGAUACAACUCGGAUCAUGACUGUAUGAUUGUGGUAAAGUGAAAAGCGAUGUAGAGCGAUUGCACACAUGUUCCUGUGUAUGAUAAACGAUGAUCGUUGUUCGAUCUCUUUCCAUCUUUUGUAACCUUGUAGUUAUACAAGAAACUUUUGUCGGCCAUUGUCUUUAUCUCGCGCUUCCACUUCAUCGGUUCUUG